AUGAGCUCCCGCCGUCGAAGUCUCCCGCCGACAUCGCUGCCCUCCAAGAACCUGCCUGGUGCCAAGUCUACCGCACCUACGGCGGUGCUCAGCACCGUCGCGCUCGCUGCCAUCAUCGCGGUGCUCAUCGUUCUCUUCGGCGGCGUCGCGGUGAACAUCAUCGUUGGAGUGGUGGUCGUCGCGUACUUGCUGGCGUUCGCCGGCUUCUGCUAUGCGGCGGUGCCGUUCGCCAGCAACGCCGUGCUGGUCCCGUUCAUCGCCGUCAAGAUGCAGCUCCAUGUCGUGUACCUGCUGCUCGCGAGAUAUUUAACACAGGAGCCCGGCUCUCCCCAGGGCUCGUAG